AUGGAACUACGUAAAUUGUGUGGGAGCCCUGGAGGGGAAGCACAUCGCAAUCAGAAACCCAAAGGUGGAGGAUCACUGUACUUCAGUUACAAGAAGUUCCACAGCAUCGUCCUCAUGGCCCUCUCUGAUGCAAAAUACAGGUUCCCGUUCAUCGACGUUGGUGCAGAAGGAGGUGUUGGGGAUGGAGGAACCUGGCAGAAGUGCAACCUGGCCAGGGCCAUCACAUACAAUCGAGCAGGACUCCCACAAGACAGAAAUCUGCCCAACGACGAUGAACCGAUCCCCUUCAUAGUCGUCGAUGAUGCCUUCGCUCUCAAGUCGUGGAUGAUGAAGCCCUACUCCCACCAAUCACAAGAUCCCACCGAACGAUUAUACAGCUACAGAUUAUCUCGCGCUCGUUUUGUGGUGGAAAACGCAUUCAGCCUGGUGCAGAUGAGAUGGCGAGUCUUCAGGACGACGAUGCAACCGGAUGUAAAGGUUUGCAAGAAUAUAACUUUGUGCACAUAUGUCAUGCACAACCUGGCACUGCAGCACUACCCAUGUGCUGGCAACAACGUCGACCAAGAGGACCAACACCAUAACGUUGUACAGUACUUGGAGGCAGGAGACACUGAACCUCAUGGAAAGACUCAUGGUAAGAAGGGGACCAAACUACACACGUUAAUCGAAGGCCGUCAGAGAUUACCUGGCCCAGUACUACUCAUCGGAUGCAGGCGCAGUGGAAUGGCAAGAGCAAUUGGUGUUUCCUCGAGGACGACCAGCUACUGA